AUGAUGAUAUCUCCACCAUCUGUUUUCUAUUUGAUGCUUUUGUUCUUUGGGGAAAUGGCUCAGAAGAGUCAUCAGCUCUCGUCUGUUCGUCAAGACAGAGUUUUUAUAUCCACUAAUGUCGGGGAGAGUGUAACUUUGCAGUGUUUCUACGAAGGUGAAGUGGUAGCAAGGUUUUACUGGUAUAAGCAAACCCUAGGAGAGAAGCCAAGGCUCAUUUCUAGCUUCUAUUCGUAUGAUAAAAAUGGCACUUUCUAUGAUGAAUGUGAGAACAAUCCACGCUUCACACUGUCUACUGAAAAGGCUCAAAAUCAUUUGACGAUCACAGAUCUACAGGUUUCGGACUCAGCUACCUAUUUCUGCGCAAGUAGCUUUUCAGUAAGUUUUGAAUUUGCAGAAGGAAUCACUGUGAGUGUUAAAGGUUCAGGUUUGAACAGCCGGCCUUUAAUUCAGCAGUCUGCAUCUGAGACCAUCCAACCAGGAGGCUCUGUGACUCUGAACUGUACAGUACACACUGGGACCUGUGAUGAAGAACACAGUGUUUACUGGUUCAGAGACUCUGAAGAGUCUCAUUCAGGACUCAUUUACAGCCAUGGAGGCAGGAAUGAUGAGUGUGAGAGGAAACCAAAGACACACACAAACACGUGUGUGUACAGCCUGCCAAUGAAGAACCUGGAUGUUUCUCAUGCUGGGAUCUACUACUGUACUGUUGCCUCAUGUGGAUACAUGCUUUUUGGAAACGGGACCAAGCUGGACUUUGGGUCUCAGGAGACUUUUCUUCUCUCUGUGUAUUUCUUAAUUGCUGCCUUGGCAUUCACCACAAUCCUGAUCUUUAUACUGGCUUUCUUAAUUUACGGGAUAAGCAGACGGCAGUGUACAGGAUCUAAUGCAAGAUUUUCAGCUUCCUCUAUAACAAACUCAGAGAAUUGUGAACCUGAAGAAACCCUUCAUUAUGCUGCUUUGAGGGUAAAAAAGACCGGCAGAUCUACAAGAAAAAGAGAGAAUCCAGAGGAUAAAUGUCUGUAUUCUAGUAUCAAAUAA